AUGGGAGAACAGUUUGAAUUGCCUCAAGGAUUGGCUGAAAAUGCUGAUAUUUUUAAAGAAUUUUUUAGCAUAUCUACAUGGCAAAGUUUAAGUCCAUCUGAUCAAGCCCAUUUGCAGCAAUUCUUGCCAUCAUUUCCUGAAAAUGAUUCCUAUGAAAAAAAUGUGACACUAAAACGUUUAUUUAACAGAGAAAACUUCAAAUUUGGAUCUCCAUUAGUAACAUUUUUUAAUAAUUUACAAAAUGGUCAUUUUAGACCAGACAUAGCUCAUUUAAGAUGUUUAAUGAAAAAAGCAGAAAGGAGGCAGUAUAGGGAGCAGAGGAAGAGACAUUGCUUUGAGCUUUUAAAGGAAGUAAUAGUUGGUCGAAGGGAGGUAUUAGAAGCAGCAUAUAAUUCACCUUUGGGACCUGUUAAAAUUCCUAAAAACUAUUACAGUAACAAUCCAGCAGUAGAUCCAGUACUUCAGAGAGUUAAAAAAAGAUAUUUCCAAGAAUUAUCUGCUGUAAGAAGUGAAGUUGGUGAAUAUUCUCAAAGUUCAGAGGAUGAAAACUAUCAAGAUGGAGCUCCUAGAACAUUAAGUAAAAAACAAAAACAAAAAUUAAACAUUUUGGAAAGUAGCCUAAUGUCUACCGGUAUGAACAUGGUAGUGUCUACAAUGUCUACUAAACCUAAUGGAUUUGAUCUCGAGUCCAAUGUCACAAUAACUUCUAAUCCAUAUGAAAUUAAUGAAGAACAGUUUAGGAAAAUGCUUUUUAAUCACAAAAAGCGACGAAUGAACAAUGAAAAACACAUAGAGUUAAAUACAUCUGGAAUAACAUUAAAUGAUGUAGCUCUUCGUACUCAAUUCGGUCAAAAACGUUUAUUAGCAAAACCAAACGGCAACGGUUUAGGAAAUAUUGGUUAUUCUGAUAAACAUAAAAAAAAAAGUAGUAGUAAUAAUAAUAAUGGCUUUGGACAAAAACUAAAGGAAAGUCUAGAUAUUUCUUCAUCCUCAAUAAAAAGAGCCAAAAAGCAAGAAAUCGAAGUAGAUGGGGACACUAAAUCAGACGAAUCAACCGAUGAUGAAGUUUCAUCGACGGUCAUGAUGAGUGAAUCCGAAAAAAACAUAGAUAUAGAAUACAGUAGUCCCACUAAUAUUUCUCAAAGCCAAAAAUUGUUAGGAAAACAAAAUUCUGAUCAUAAAUUUCAAAAAAGUUUUAUCUCCGGAUCAGAAAUAGGUUCCAUAGAAAAAAUGGAGAAAAACGAUACUUCGAAUUUAAGUCUACCAUUAGAAGAAGACAAUGACUUAAAAUACAGACGUACAUCUGAACUUGUUCAAGAUACUCAUGUAAGUUUUUUUUCUUUACUGCGAGACAUUAUUUGUUCAUCACCUAAUCAUAGAAUGACUCUUGAUAAAAUUGAACAUCAUUUAAAAUCCUGGGAAUUAAAUCCAAUUUCUCCACUCAAUGAUUGGUUUACGUUGGUGGAUGAACCUUGGACUUCUUUAUUAGAAUCCGCACUUAGUUUUUUAUCUGCUGAUUAUCCUGAUUUACAACCUGAUGAUUUUGUGCCCUAUAUAGAAUAUAAAUCUCAAAUUCAAUCUUAUCAGUGGAUUGGAGCCGGUCGAGAUUCAGAUUCACAUUUACUUAAUUUGUGUUCUCACUGGCUCGAUCGAAAGGACGAUGUUUAUCAUUCAAAUUUAUUAGGGGAAAAUAGUAGAAAUCAAGAGGAAGUCGUGGGAGAAUGUUUAGAAGAAGUAGAGGAACCGAAGGGAGAAGUUCCCAAUGAUUUUGUUCCUCCUCCAAGAUGUCCCACCAAUUGGACGGUCAGGCUGUCAACCGAAGAGGAAAGAAGAAUUUUUCAGAUUCAAGAAUUGGAGAGAUUUGAGAAUCCACAUAAAGCCUUUACCUAUAGAAUGCACGGCUAUGAAAGUGUUGUUGGACCAGUUAAAGGAAUUUAUAUCACCCAAACAUCCAGUUCAGUUUUAAAACCAAGAGGCCACAAUCUUUUAGCUGUGAAUAGGCCAAGUUAUGUCACUAUUUUAGCUUUAGUACGAGACGCUGCAGCCAGAUUACCAAACGGCGAAGGAACGCGAGCGGAUAUAUGUACUCUUAUUCGGGACAGUCAAUACCUGGAUUUAUCAGAAGCUGCCGAAAAUACAUUGCAGAGUGUGGUGUCUGGUGCAUUAGAUCGUCUUCAUUACGAAGUAGACGCAUGUGUUAAAUUUGACACAAAAAGAAAGCUAUGGAUUUAUUUGCAUAGGCGACGAUCAGAAGCAGAAAUGGAAAAAAUUCAUCAGCAGUAUCAAGGUGUUGCAAAAACAUUAAAAAAACCACCCCGAAAAAGAACUAUUAAAAAACCCGAUAGUGUGGAAAGCAAAGACAAAGAUAGUUUAAUUAAAGAAGGUGGAGAUAAAAGAAAAGCAAAAACAAAGCAAAAUAUGGUCGUGCAGCCAAUGUUAAAAAAUGUCGAUACUCAAGUAUUUCAAAAUGUGACAGCUGAUACCAAGUUUGUGGAUAAACAACAAAAGGAAACGCUGUCGGAAACACAGGUUGAAGAUUUCAUGGUCAUGGAAAGUCAAGUUCUGGAAGAUUUGAUGAGUCUUAGUUGCGAGACUUUCAAAACUUCUGGAGAACCGGAUCAUUCUGCCGUGAAACAAGAAAAAACUGAUAUAGAAUUAGAGAGCAGUGAAACCAAAAUAAAGACCAUUUCAAAUAAAAUGCCCGGACAAUCUUUGCUUAAUCAGGAUUUUAUAAACAAAAGUACAUUGGUUCAGGGGAAUAAUUUAAGAGUUUUAAAAGCAAAACAAACGAAACCAGGAGUUUUAAAUUUGGUGUCAACUGGAGACAAACUACAGCAAUCAGACGGGCAAGCAGUUAUUGGUCACAUUUUGAAAUCGGACAACAGACCACAAGAAAUAGUUACAACGGCGGGGAAAAAAAUUAUUAUUCAAACUAGUUUUGCAGGUGGAAGAACUCCUGUAAAAUUUGUUACGGCCAAUACAAAUCAAUUGGGAAGAAAAAUUAUAACAACAAAACAAACGUCACCUCAAAUUCAACGCAUUACACCUAGUUUAUCUAAAGUCACAAAUACAUCGCAACAACAAAUUAGAACCGUAGGAAAUCAACAACAAGAUGGAGCUUUGCAUGGUGUAGUCAAAACAACUCCGGCAACUCAAUUCGUUCAAAAUUCUGGCAUUGUGACCGCUCACGUUAAAGGAUUAUCGACAGGAACUCAAUUUUUAACGGCCACCGGUCAAAAAGUGCAAAUAAUUGCUGGUUCUCAAAAUUUAGGUCAAAUUCAAAGUAUACAUCUUGGUGGGGGUCAGAAUAUUUUAGCACAAAACGUUCAUUCUACUUCAAGUAAUAUCAAUGCACAAACUGCCAACCUCAUCGGUAACAUUCAGCAAGUUCAAUUAUUGACAUCAGCUGGUCAAAUAAUUACCAAAGCUUUACCAAUAUCAAACGCAACCGAAGAAAAAACAUCGGAAGCGGUAAAAAUUUCGUCUCCAACUUUAAAAGUUGGGUCUUCUACAGUUCCUAAUAUUUCAACUGUAAGAAAUGCUAUCACUGGUCAGCAGCUUCAAAUGACAAUAACAAAACCUACGGGAGGGAAAACAAUUAAAAAUGUUAAAAUGGUAACUUGUCAACCUUCCGUUUCUGAUAGUGCAAAAUCAAUGUCACUACUAACGACGAGUCAGCAAAAAAAUACGAAUGAGAAAAAAGAAGUCAAAGAACAAAAAAUAAUCGUUCAAAAAACCUCGGCCGGUAUGGCUGGGAAAAUAGGAACCCAAUUAUUAAAUGUUUCUAGUGUUCAAUUAUUAAAUCCGCGAACGAACCAGGGUCAAAUACAAACGAUCACAAAGCCUAUAAUUACUAAAAAUAAUGCUCCUAUUUUGACAGGCGUCAAACUUGUUAACACACAACAAGGCGUAAAAAUGGUAGCAACUUCCUCUACCGUGGUACAAAAUGCGAUACAACCUGCGAAACCCGUAACUCAUAUAUCAAAACUUACGUCAAACACCAAUCAAAAUUCUGCAAGUACAAAUAAAGGUCAAAACAGGCCGGCUCAAAUAAUUUCAAUGGAAAGUACGGCAAGUUUAAUACAGAUACCUUCUUCUACCGACGGAGUUCCUCAGUUUGCUGUUGUUUCUCAAGGAAAUGUGAUCUCGGUAGCUGGGCAACCACGCGUUAUUCAAACACAGCAAAUAACCAACGCAUCUCAAAGUCAAACUCAUUUAGCAACAUCGACGGCAACAAUCAAUCAAGGGAAAGCUAUCAUUAACAAAAAUACUACUACUCCGGCUGGUACUGGGGUGAGAGUUAGCGGAGCAGUUAAUUUAGCUACCAUUGCUGGAAAACCAAUGAUAUUGACGAGCGGAUCCAAAACUCAAGGCCAACAUCCCAACGUCAUACUUACUUCCCAGAAUCCCGGGAACAAUCAAGCAAUUGUUUUAACUCAGGGAAACGUGAGAACUCAAAACAAUUCAGGCACCGUUACUCUUGUUCAACAGGGCACAACACAGCAAAUACUUCUUCCGGCAGGUUUUCAAGGAGGUACAAUAAAUUUAAAAUCACUUCCCGGAGUCAAAGUCAUACCGUUUACGGGAACGACUCAAAAAGGAAGACAACAAGUUUACGCCAGGAUCGUUAAAACUAGUAAUCAAAAUAGUCCGCAGCCAGGCACAGAUAAUUCUGUCGAUGAACAAUGA